AUGGGUAUGAGGUUCCUCAGAGCUGGUGCCAGCGCAACUGAAGCCGUUGAAGCAGCUCUCCGAAUCCUCGAGGAUAAAGAAAUUACCAACGCUGGAUACGGCUCCAAUCUUUCCAUCGAUGGUGUUGUAGAAUGUGAUGCCACUGUAGUGGAUCAUCUUGGCCGCAGCGGCGCUUGUGGUGCUGUCCCCAAUAUUCGCAACCCGAUAUGCCUUGCCAAACUCAUUUUAGACAUGAGCAACAAACCAUUGAGCCUGAGACGAGUUGCACCAAACGCUCUUGUCGGAGAGGGCGCUAGGGCUUUCGCAGAGGAGCAUGGUUUGAUGAUAUAUCCCAAUGAGUAUAUGGUUUCGAAGAAUGCUAGAGACCGUUUUCUGCGCUGGCAGGAAGACUUGAAGCGAGCCGAGUCCAAGGGCCAAGAGCCUAAAGCUUUGCCCGAAACUGUUGACAUAACCGCAGAAUGCCCCCCGUGCCAGUACGAUACGGCAUCGCCGACAAAGCCACACUCAUCUCUUCCGCGGGAUCAGCGGGCUGCUAUUGUCGCCGGUACUUGGAAUGAGGGGCAGCCUGACUCUCCUUUCGUUGGCACGCCGAUCCAAGAUGCGCCAUCGCCAGAUCAUUCGACGUCCACCAGCUACUUCCGAGCCUCAAGCACCUCUCCUCCAACAGUCAGCCGCUCUUCAUUCGCUCGAAGUCCUCAAGAAGGAGCGACACAGACGUAUGCUGGGGUUGUGAGUGGUGUCCAAAGUGCAUUGUCAUCCCCAUUUCGACCCAGUUUAUCUCGAAAGUCCAAUCCUACAGCUGAGGGUUUCAAGCCUGUCUUGCCAGAGAAUGCAUCAAUCCGUCAUAAGUACCAUGCACAUGCCACAAAUAAGGCCGACAAUACAUCACCGCGAACUCCUACUGGUAACAAGGGCAACGGCCCUGAUCGCCAAAGUUCGGCAAGUCCUCGUGGGGCUAAGCGACCUCUCAGUCCAGAUGAAAAGCCGCAGCCUCACUCAAGAGCUGUACACGACCGCUUUCGUUUCGGAUCUGUUAACGAGGACAUUAUUACGGACACUAUUGGUGCCAUUGCGAUCGACGAUCGAGGCCAAAUUGCUGCCGGCUCAUCUUCAGGUGGUAUCGGAAUGAAGCACCGGGGUCGUCUUGGACCGGCUGCUCUUGUGGGGGUUGGCACAGCCGUUGUACCCUGUGACGAAGAGGAUGAAGAUCAGGUUGCUGUCGCUGCAGUCACGAGUGGUACAGGAGAGCAUAUGGCUACAACCAUGGCCUCCCAACGGUGUGCGGAGAGGAUUUACCAUGGCACAAGACGUGGAAAAGGGGGUGCUAACAUUGAGGACGACGAUGAAGAUGCCAUCAUGGAGUCUUUCAUUGCUGAGGACUUCAUGAAGCAUCCUGGUGUCAAGAACUGCCACUCAGCAGGUGCCAUUGGUGUCAUGGUGGUCAAGAAAGCGCCGUCAGGCUAUUAUUUCUAUUUCGCCCACAAUACAGACUCCUUCGCCCUCGCUUCGAUGGGAGGUUCGGAAAGACAGCCCGUCUGUACGAUGUCUAGACUUUCAGAUGGCGCCAAGAUCGCCAAGGGUGGGCGUAAGGUCAGGUUUGAGUAA